UUUUUUCAAUUUGUUGUUUGUGAAUGCUACAAUGGACGUGCUAUUUACAACCCUAGCAUGAAUGACCGAGAAAACCCUCCAAACUCUGUGUAACAAGACACGAGACGUUUCACAAACCUCAAAACCAAAAAACCUCCCUUUCAACUCCAUGCCCAAAUGCCAACCAUUCAACACCAGCUCCAUCCUCAAGGCUCUCAACAAUUUGUUUUCGUUCCCAAGUAAGUUCCUUUCUCUUUCUAUGCACUCUAACUUUUCAGCUCAUGCCGUUCCAUCCACCAAAACUAUUGAAACUGAACCCCUAAACCACACUCAACACUGUAACACCACUGACCAAGAAAAUGGCAUUGAACCUGACCCCCCAAUAUCUGAUAAGUUAUUCAAGUCGGGCUCCAAAAUGGGUUCCUACAAGUUGGGUGAUUCAACUUUUUAUUCCCUCAUUAAUAACUAUGCAAAUCUGGGCGAUUUUAAGUCUUUGGAGAAGGUUUUGGAUCGAAUGAAGUGCGAAAAGAGAGUGAUUUUUGAGAAAUGUUUCAUUGUCAUCUUUAAGGCUUAUGGGAAAGCUCAUUUACCUGAAAAAGCUGUUGACUUGUUUGAUAGAAUGGCUCGUGAAUUUGAGUGUAAAAGAACUGUAAAGUCGUUUAAUUCGGUUCUUAAUGUGAUUAUACAAGAGGGUUUGUUUUAUCGUGCUUUAGAGUUUUAUAAUCACGUUAUCGGUGCCAAAGGUGUCAGUAUAUCCCCUAAUGUACUUACUUUUAAUUUGUUUAUUAAGGCAAUGUGUAAGGUGGGAUUAGUUGAUGAUGCGAUCCAGGUGUUUAGAGACAUGACGAUUAGGAAAUGUGAGCCUGAUGUGUACUCUUAUUGUACAUUGAUGGAUGGACUGUGCAAGGCAGAUAGGAUUGAUGAGGCAGUUUCGCUGUUGGAUGAGAUGCAAAUUGAUGGUUGUUUUCCUAGUCCUGUUACGUUCAAUGUGUUAAUCAACGGUUUGUGUAAGAAGGGUGAUUUGUCACGGGCUGCGAAGCUUGUAGACAACAUGUUUCUUAAAGGAUGUGUUCCUAAUGAAGUAACUUAUAACACACUUAUUCAUGGUUUGUGUCUGAAAGGGAAGCUGGAAAAGGCAAUUAGUCUUUUGGAUCGGAUGGUAUCGAGUAAAUGUGUGCCUAAUGUGGUCACACAUGGGACAAUCAUUAAUGGACUUGUUAAGCAAGGAAGAGCUCUUGAUGGGGCUUGUGUAUUAGCUUCGAUGGAGGAAAGGGGGUAUUGUGUUAAUGAGUAUGUUUACUCAACACUAAUUAGCGGGUUGUUUAAAGAGGGGAAAUCUCAAGAGGCAAUGCAUUUGUUCAGGGAGAUGACAGUAAAAGGAUAUGAGCUCAACACCAUUGUAUAUAGUGCUGUUAUUGAUGGUUUAUGCCGGCAUAGAAAGCCAGAUGAUGCAGUGGAAGUUCUUUCUGAGAUGAUUAAUAAGGGCUGCACACCUAAUGCAUACACCUGUAGCUCGCUGAUGAAGGGAUUCUUUGAGGCAGGUAAUAGCCAUAGAGCUGUUGAAGUGUGGAAAGACAUGGCAAAGCAUAAUUUUACUCAGAAUGAGGUUUGUUACAGUGUACUCAUUCAUGGGUUAUGCAAGGAUGGGAAAGUCAAGGAGGCUAUGAUGGUGUGGACACAGAUGGUGGGCAAAGGAUGUAAGCCUGAUGUUGUGGCUUACAGUUCAAUGAUUAAUGGCCUUUCCAUUGCUGGCUUAGUAGAAGAUGCUAUGCAACUUUAUAAUGAGAUGCUUUGUCAGGGACCUGAUUCUCAACCAGAUGUGGUCACAUAUAACAUACUAUUGAAUACAUUAUGCAAGCAGAGUAGCAUCUCUCGUGCCAUUGAUCUUUUAAAUACCAUGCUGGAUCGGGGAUGUGAUCCUGACUUGGUUACAUGCACCAUAUUCUUGAGAAUGUUGAGAGAGAAGCUGGACCCACCUCAGGAUGGGAGGGAGUUUCUAGAUGAGCUUGUGGUUCGUCUUUUAAAGCGACAGAGGGUUUUAGGUGCAUCCAAAAUUGUAGAAGUGAUGCUGCAAAAGCUUUUGCCACCAAAACCCUCUACUUGGGCACGAGUUGUCGAAAAUCUUUGUAAACCUAAGAAGGUUCAAGCGGUCAUUCAAACAUGUUGGAGCAUCCUGUAUUAAUGAUUCAUUGGGUUUUCUGUGACGUUGUUGUGAAGCUCAUAUGAUCAUAAUGAACCUCUAGCUUAUAGAGCAUAGACUUCUGUCACAAUUAUAUGGAGUGUGUGACCAGGGCAGGUGUUGGUGAAUACAAAUUUGAAACAAACUGUUGGAGAAGUUGAGUACACUGUGUUUGAGCUAGGAAACACCACUGGAAGUCCCUGAAAGCAGUACCCUGAGUAGAGGCCAAAACACAUCUUAUCUCAUUGUUGUUUCCCUUGAAAGCGAAAAAAUCCAUGAAAAAUUCAGAGUUCUGCUCCAUCCACAUCCGCCAAAGAACUUCAAAUAGAGUGUAUCUCUACAGUGGCUGAUGAUUGUUCUUUGUCCCAAAACCUGGAAAAGACAUUGCUAAAAGGUCCUAUACUUGAUCAGAGAUCACCAACAUCCCUGACAAACUGAGGAAAGAUGUGCUACUUGUUUGGACAGUGCAAAAAGAAUUGCUCUGUGUCUGUCACAUUAUUAUUUUUGUAUAGCACACAUUUUAGUAGAAAAUUACAUUAUAUGGCCUGUUUCAUGCAGAUAUCAUUGGUAUUAGUUCUAUGGUCUGCAUCAUCCAAGUGAAGAAGGCCUUGACUUCAUAUAAAAGUUUGGUUUUCCAUAUACAAGUGUCCAGAGGGAAACAAAGGCAAGCCGAGCCUAAGUGAUGAAAAAAAAA